AUGAGCCACGACCGGAAUGAGACUUACAUGCUUGCCCCUAACUGGAAUUUCCGUCCGGGAGGGCCAAUCAAGAUCGGAAACAUUAUUUUCGAUCCCUUUCGGCCAGACAAAUCCGAACCCGAAGGUGCCUCUUCCUACGAGUAUGUUACGGAAACGGCAAACCAAAAGAACUACAAAAAGACUGUUGAUACGACCACUUCACUUGACUUGAGCAUCUGGCUUACGUUCCUUGCCAAUAUCAAGGCGACGUUUGGCGCCAACCACCGACACGUCACGCACAACGAAUACACCAUGGACUCUUUGCAGACGACGUAUCUUCUACACGAUCCUUUGCGUAAGGAGAUUCAAGAACGAUGCAACGAUCCAGAUAUCAAAAGACACAUGAAGCUGGAUAGCUUAGUCUCGAAGCCAGUGUACAUGAUUACCGGACUACGAAUCGCCAAGGGAUUCCGUCUCCAACAAAGUGAGGACCUGUCAAAAUCGGCACAAGUUGGUAUCGGUGUGCCGGUGUCCCCGGACAUGGGUGCUGGGGGCGACUUGAGCGUCUCUACCAGUAAAAAGGGCUCUGAGGGCUUUGAAUCAGUGGAAGACAUAAUUUACUCUUACCAAUUAUCGAAGAUUCACCGAAAAGGAUUGUGGGACACAACUGUUGUUGUUGAUAGGUAUUUCCCUAAGGCGUUGAAGGGUCCAGGAGAGGCAAAGGAGGCUUUCGACAUCGAAUCAAGCUUUCCAGAUGCAGAAGAGUUGCAAAAGCUGGACGGCAACGUCCAGGUCCUUUCGCUGAACGAUGGCGAGAUCCAGGGAACAGUUGUGUUUAGAGCCUCAGAUGAAGAUGGUUAUCCGAAGAAGCCUCGAUAUUUUCCGGGUUGCCUCGAGUCUGCCGUUUAG